AUGUCGUCAAAGCCACGUCCAGCAGUUCCUCCAAAGCCUGCAAGACUUUCAACAAGUUCUCAAAAACGAGUCUCUUCGGUUAGUUCAGAAAGGUUAACGUCUAAUGAGGAACUAUUGUCCGAAUCGCCACGAUCCGCUUUUUCCUUGUUAAAUAGCGAAGACGAUAAGACACCUAGAGCUUCUGAAAUGUUCCCGCCAACUUCGACUGGUCGACAGGCCAGAGCAUUAUAUGACUUUGUGGGUGAAGCAGCUUACUCCGAGUUAUCUUUUCGAGCUGGUGAAGUUCUUAACGUUAUAAAAGGCCAACUUUCCGAUGGGUGGUCUCUAGCCGAAAAGGAUGGCGUAACUGGGCUCGUUCCUGAAGCUUAUAUUACA